ACAUUCUGUUUGGGCUCUGCAUUUCCAGUAAGCUUUUGACCCUGAAAAAGGCAGGCGUGUAUCCUCCGAGAAGCAGAGAGGUACAGACUAAAUGGAUCUAAAGACAGCAGUAUUCAACGCAGCUCGUGAUGGCAAACUGCGGCUUCUUUCCAAGUUACUGGCAAGCAAAACAAGAGAAGAGGUUGCUCUGCUGAUGUCAGAGAAAACCAAUGGUGCCACACCACUUCUGAUGGCAGCCCGUUAUGGUCACCUUGACAUGGUGGAAUACUUGUUGGACCAUUGCUCUGCGUCGAUAGAAGUUGGUGGUUCGGUGAAUUUUGAUGGUGAGACCAUUGAGGGGGCUCCACCAUUGUGGGCAGCAUCGGCAGCUGGCCACUUGAAGGUGGUUCAGUGUCUGUUAGAUCAUGGUGCAUCUGUCAACAAUACAACUCUGACAAAUUCAACGCCGCUUAGAGCUGCCUGUUUUGAUGGUCACCUGGAAAUAGUAAAAUAUCUUGUGGAGCAUAAAGCAGACCUGGAAGUAUCAAACCGUCAUGGGCAUACAUGCUUGAUGAUCUCAUGUUACAAAGGCCACAAAGAAAUUGCUCAGUAUUUACUUGAAAAAGGAGCUGAUGUCAAUGUUUCUUCUCUUGCAGGAAACACCGCGUUACAUGACUGUGCGGAAUCUGGAAGUUUGGAGAUCAUGAAGAUGCUUCUCAAGUAUUGUGCUAAAAUGGAAAAGGACGGUUAUGGAAUGACUCCCCUUCUGUCAGCUAGUGUGACAGGCCACACAAAUAUUGUGGACUUUCUGACUCAGCAUGUACAGACCAGUAAGGCUGAGCGCAUAAAUGCUCUCGAACUUCUAGGAGCAACAUUCGUGGACAAAAAGAGGGAUCUGCUUGGUGCUUUGAAAUACUGGAAGCGAGCUAUGGAAAUGAGAUACAGUGAUAGGACUAAUAUCCUGAGCAAACCUGUGCCACAAACACUAAUUAUGGCAUAUGAUUAUGCUAAAGAGGUAAACAGCUCAGAAGAGCUAGAAAAUCUUAUUGCAGACCCUGAUGAAAUGAGAAUGCAAGCACUAUUAAUUAGAGAACGUAUUCUUGGCCCUUCUCAUCCAGAUACAUCCUACUAUAUUAGAUACAGAGGUGCUGUCUAUGCAGACUCUGGAAACUUCAAGCGUUGCAUCAACUUAUGGAAAUAUGCUUUGGAUAUGCAGCAGAGCAAUCUUGAUCCACUGAGCCCUAUGACAGCCAGCAGUUUACUAUCAUUUGCUGAACUUUUCUCCUUCAUGCUGCAGGAUAGGGCAAAAGGCCUGCUAGGCACUACUGUCACAUUUGAUGAUCUCAUGGGUAUACUGUGCAAAAGCGUUCUUGAAAUAGAACGGGCCAUGAAACAAACCCAGUGUCCCCCUGAUCCCAUACAGCUGAACAAAGCCCUUUCCAUAAUUUUGCAUUUAAUUUGCUUGUUGGAGAAGGUACCUUGCAGCUCAGAACAGGAGCAUUUUAAGAAACAGACUAUUUACAAGUUUCUUAAGCUUCAGCCUAGAGGAAAGAAUAACUUCAGUCCACUUCACCUUGCUGUUGACAACAGUACUACAUGUGUGGGUCGUUACCCAGUUUGUAAAUUUCCCUCUCUACAAGUUACUGCUAUCCUGGUGGAAUGUGGUGCUGAUGUAAAUGUCAAAGACUCUGAUAACAACAGUCCAUUACACAUUGCUGCACUGAACAACCAUCCAGACAUCAUGAAUCUUCUUAUCAAGUCAGGUUCACACUUUGAUGCCACAAACUUGCGUAAACAAACUGCUAGUGAUUUGCUGGAUGAGAAGGAAAUAGCAAAAAAUUUAAUCCAGCCCAUAAAUCAUACUACGUUGCAGUGUCUUGCUGCUCGUGUAAUAGUGAAUCAUAACAUAUUCUACACAGGGCAUAUCCCUGAAAAACUAGAGAACUUUGUUUUGCUCCAUAGAUGAUACUGUGGAGUCCCAGAGUACUGUUUUUGAAGCACGAUUUGGUGACGAUACUUUCCUUGAGCACUGUUGUGAUACACCAGCGUUCCCUUAGCUUGCUCCAUCUUGCUCUCAUUGGCUAAAGCGUUGUUAGCAUCAGAUCUGCAGAGUUGGUUAGCCAGUAUUUAAUAUGAAUAUGCCAUAUAAUAUAUUUUGUGGAUUAUUUAGAAAUGUAAUGCCAUAUUUAGACUCCUAAAAUUGUCUGCCAAAGGCUUGUCUAUUCUGGUCUUAUUUGCCUGUUGGGUGUUUGGGACUGAGUUGAGUAUUUUCCACUGAUGUCUUUUUACUAUAACUGUUGUGUGGAUUUUAUACAGUUGGAAGGUCAUUUUUUUUGGUUUUGCUUGAGCAUUUCUACUCUUACUGUGUUCUUUUUCUAUGGACUCAUUGCUAAACUGUACAAGUUGUAUGGACUUGUUAACAUUUGCAACUACC